AUGAUUUAUAAACCUGAUUUGUUAUAGCAAUAAAAGUAGAUUGAUAGAACAAUUAAAUAUGUAAUUUAUGAAGGAAUUAAUUAUUAAGUCUAUGAAAAUAAAAGUGGUCAUUUAAUAAAAUAAUACAAAUUUGAAAAUAUUUAUGAUCUAAAUGAAUUGAUUAAGACAUUAGAAUUAGAACAAUAUUUAAGCAAAUAAACUGAUAUUCUUUAUGCUCCAUAAUACUAUCAUAUAGAAGAAAAUUAUACUAUUUAUAUUUAAUAUUAACUAUUUUAUAAUUUACUUAGAUAAGUAAUAUAGUAAAAUUAGAGUGAAACACAAAAAUAGAAAGAGGAUUAAGAGUUAUAUAAUGACCUUAUUGAUGAUAAUGAGAAGAUUUAUGAAGUAAAUCCAUUAGAUUAUGCUAAUGAAUUAUAAGUGAAAACAUAGAAUCUUAAUGUAACAUAAAAUUUAAUCAACACAAUAAUCAAGUUAUAUGAAUUAGAAUUAAAUGGUUUUAUGAUUAAAAAUAUAAAGCCAUCAAAUAUUAUAUAUAAUAAUGAAAAUUUGUAAUUUAUGGAUAAUUUUUUACAAAGCAUCAAAUUUGAAGUUAGUUUAGAAGAAUAUCUAAUUUUAGAUUUUAUAAAACAAUAAUACUAAAGUAAUAAUUAGAGUUUAAAGAAUCUUGGUAGAUGUUAUAUGCAAUUAUACUUAUUAAUUGAGAUAGAAGAUUAAUAGGAAACUGAAUAUUUAGAAUUAAUUAACAAAUAUUAUGGUUCUAAAAUUUAUAAUCUACUAAGAUUAAUGAUACAAAGUGAUUAUAGAUAUUUUACAUCAAUAAUGUAAUCCUAAGAAUUUUUGGAUUUAAUUACUCCAUUGAAUAUACUUGAUAAUAAGUAAUUGUUUAUUCAAUUUUUUGAAAAAAAAUAAUAGAAAAAAGAAGAAAUUUGGGAAAGAAUUAAACGAAAUUUUGAAAUUGAUUAAUAAUAAUAAAUUUGGUAAAAGUAUUAAAAAUCUAAUUUAUAAUUUAUGAUAAAAGAAAAAGAAAUAGCAAAAUAUAGAGUAGAAUAUAAGGUUUCUCAUAUUCAUACACAUAAACUAGAGUUUGAUAUUACAGAUAUGGUGUUAAUUAAUUAAUAGAUUAAUCAAAAUUAUGAAAGAGCCAUCCUCUUAACAACUAUUUAAGGAAAAAUAAUUGUACAUUCUAAUACAACUAUAUUAAAUAUAUUUUAAUGUAGUCUUAAAUCAUUAAGAUCAGCAAUCAAAUUCAAAUUAGAAAAAAAUAUAUAUGUUGCAAUAGCAGGAGAUGAUAAAAUUGUAUAUGUUUAUAAUUAAAAUGAAUUUUAGAAUUCAAAUCCAAAGCUAUUUUUUUAAAUAGCUAAUGAUACAACAAAGUAAAUUUAUUCAUUAUUGUCUUAUGAUAAGUUUAUAAUAUUUGGUGAUGAGGUGGGAUCAAUUUAUAUAUAUAAAAAUUGGACAUUUAGUACAAAAUUAAAUGCUCAUUCAAAAAGAUGCAAUAAACUUUAUUAUUCUAAUAAUUAAUUAUUAAGUGUUUCUCAUGAUUAAACAAUUAAAAUUUGGGAUAGUUUUAAUUUCUUAAUUAAACAUAUUAUUACUGGACAUACUUCAAAUAUAUUAAAUUUAUUUAUAUUUGAUAAUUAUAUCUAUUCAUUCUCAGAAGAUAAGAUGAUUAGAUUUAUUCAAUUUAAUCCUACAACUUAAAAAUAUGAUUUUGUUUAUUAAACUAAAUUUGAUUCUGCAAUCUAAUCAUGUAUAUAAUAUAAUGAAUAAAUAAUGAUAUUUGGAAAUAAAGCUGGUUAAUUAUUGAUAUACAAUAUAAAAGAUAGAAUUAUUUUGCAUACACAUAAAAUUCAUUUGAAUUCCAUAUUAGCAAUCUAUUGGAUAUCUCAUUCUUAAGGUUAAUUUAUAACCAUAGGAUAAGAUAAGAUAUUUAGAAUUAAUGCAAUAUAAAACUGA